UAUAACAAUUAGGCUAUCCAACUCAUAGAAGCCUACCAAAAUGUUAUUAUCAGUAGACGUGAAAUCUUAUUGCAGUCUUCAAAUCUGGGUACUGUCUUAUGUUUUAAAAUCACUUACAGAGGAAGUUUGUUCCCAUCAGGCUAACAUGACAGUCACGAUCAUGCUGCUGUACGCUUUUCUUUUUCAUUUGUUUUCAUUCGCGAUCUUUACAACACAUUACAUUACAUAUUUCAUGGCACACUCGUUUUAUGCGUUUUUGGCGCCACCUAUUGUUGUGGGUGUAUUAUUGACAUGUCAAAGUCUAGACCCUGAAUAUAAGACGAGCGCGUUUUUCAGAUGUAUUUCCAAGGAAAAAACAUCGUCUUAUAUUCGGGUCAAUACGGUAGUAAGUUAAGUUUUCUCACUUUUAUUGUAGAGACAUGGGAGAUCUUUGUUUGUUGUAAAAAUAAUGGUUUAAAAAAAAACAAAGGCCCCUCCCACAUCACAUGUCUAGCCACUAGCAAGCCAGAAAGUGAACUGCUUGCUAUCUCUCUGAUAAUAAAUUGCGAAAGCAAUCCAUUUAUAUAUGUGCACACAGUGAGACAAAUGGACACACUGAGGUAAAGGUUUGUAAUGUUAGGAAAAUACUUUUUGGCUAGAAAGAUGCACUUAGGAGUAACUUUAUGUCUAGUGAUCAGUAUAGUCUGUUCUGCAGCUCUGGAGCAGGGUAGGAGCAGUUGGACUGGGAAGCUUUUAGUGGUGCCCAUGGAUGGAAGUCACUGGACAGGGGUGAAGGCUGUGGCAGAAGAGAUGGGACGUAGAGGACACACCGUGAUUGUGGUGAUUCCAGAGAUCAGCAUGCGCUUGGGUCCAGGCAAACAUUACAUCACAAAGACGUUUCCGGUCAGUUACGAGCUGGAUUUGUUCAACAAGGUAUUGACCGAGCAUGUUCAUGUAUUGACAGCCCCAGGGGGUUCCCUUUUGAAGAGUGUGACUUCAACAGUGGCCAAUUUGAUAAAGAUGUUUAACCUGAUGGCCUCUACAAGUGAAAGUUUGUUCAAGAACCAGGAGCUUAUAGAGUUUCUGAGAGAGCAGAACUUUGAUGCUGUUUUAACUGAUCCUGCCCUACCAAUGGGAGCCAUACUGGCGUAUAAUCUAUCCGUACCUGCGGUGUACAUGUUGAGGGGAAUGCCGUGUGGCCUUGAUGCUGCGGCCACAGCCUGUCCAGACCCUCCUUCAUAUGUCCCACGUUUCUUUACACAAAACUCAGACCGCAUGUCUUUUGGUGAGCGUGUGGUGAACAUGCUUGUGAGCAUGCUGGAACCAUUAGUAUGCGAGGUUAUGUACUGGUCCUUUGAGGAAGUGACGUUCAACUUCCUUCAGAGAGAUGUGAGCCUGAUUGAGAUCCUGAGCACUGGAGCUGUCUGGUUGAUGCGGUAUGAUUUCAGUCUGGAGUUCCCCAAACCACUGAUGCCCAACAUGCAGCUCAUAGGAGGAAUUAACUGUGGAAUUAGGAACCCACUGAAAAAGGAGGUGGAGGAAUUUGUCAAGGGCUCUGGAGAGCAUGGUAUUGUGGUGUUCACUCUGGGUUCUUUGGUCUCCUCCAUGCCAAAAGAGAAAGCUGCCAUCUUCUUCAAGGCUUUCAGUAUGAUUCCACAGAGGGUUCUUUGGCGGUAUACAGGUGAGAUUCCUGAUAAUGUCCCAGAAAAUGUCAAACUGAUGAAGUGGCUUCCACAGAAUGACUUGCUUGGUCACCCCAAAGCAAAAGCCUUUAUCACUCAUGGUGGGACGCAUGGAAUCUAUGAGGGCAUUUGUCAUGGUGUACCCAUGGUGAUGCUUCCCCUCUUUGGUGACCAGGGUGACAAUGUGCACCGCGUGGCGACUCGAGGGGUAGGAGUGGUGCUCAGCAUCCAUGAUAUCACUGCAGAAACACUGGUCAAUGCUCUCAACACAGUUAUUAAUGACAGCAGCUAUAAGCAAAGAAUGGAGAAGCUGUCGGCCAUACACAAUGACCGUCCCAUGCAGCCACUGGAUCUUGCAAUCUACUGGACAGAGUUUGUUAUGAGACACAAAGGGGCAGACCACCUGAGACCUGCUGCUCAUGACCUGAACUGGCUUCAAUACCACAGUCUAGAUGUGAUUGGCUUCCUGCUUUUUAUUGUGCUGAUUGUAACUCUAGCAACAUUUAAAUGCUGUGCACUUUGCUGGAGACGCUGUUGUAGAAAAUCGCAGAAGAGGAAGGAAGACUGAUCAUAUAGAGAUUUAAAAGUGAUAUUUCUUAUAAAAGCACACAUUUUCCACAUCUACCGUUUCAUUUCAGGUUUUCAGAAGCAACGUUACUUUCCUCACCUGAUAACUGAGCCAGUAAAGUCUUUAAAGCUAAAAAGUCUCUAAAAAGCUGCGGUUUUGUAAAGGGGGAGCACACAUCAAGAUUUUGAAGCAGUUUCACCUGUAAAGUUUCUUUUUUUUUCUUAAGAUAUCAGUUGUACAUGCUUUCCUUUUGAUAUCACUGACUACUGUUCACCUAAAACUGUAGCCACCAGCAUUUUUUUUUUUUUUUAGAUAAUUCAGAGCAACCCACUGUAAGCUAAACAAACUGCAGGUUCUAGCUCUCAUAAUCAACAGGAAUUCUGGAUAAUAAAAUUCUCCUAAUUAACCCUAAUCAGGGUAGAUGGAGUGUUUAAUAUGACACAAAUGAAAGGUUGUGAAAGAGAAAUAUAAGCUUGUCUAAUUUUAAUAACCAAUGUUUAUAAUGUUUUAAUAACCAAGGUCUAAUAGCAGGGUUUUCAGCAUUUUUAUAUGAACUGAAUUGCGUUUUUCCCUGUAACUUCACUCCUAAAUGACCACCAAUCAAUUUUUGUAUAAACAGCAAAUUGUUGUUGUGCACUUGUAGCCAUGAUCUGAAAAAUCAAACUCUCUAAACUUGAAAAAAUAAAAUUCUAAAAUAUGAAUACA